GGUGGCUCGUCCGGAAGACCCCUGCACUCCAGGGUCAGCAAGGGAGCCCCGCCGCUGAGCCAUGCCGGGCCCCAGGUGGCCUGCAGCAAGCCCAACCCCGGCACCCACAUAAUCAUGAACAGCCACAGCCACAGCCACAAUGGCUGCGGGGGACGGCCGCUGGGCAGUGGGCCUGGGGCCCUGGGCCGUGACCCACUGGACCCGGAGGCGGGCCGCCCCCCGCAGCCUCCACAUGGCCCUGGCCUCCAGGUGGUGGUAGCCAAGAGUGAACCAGCCCAAAUGGCAGCCAGCAGCCCCCCAGGGCACCUCCAGGACCAGGAGGAAGAGGAGGAUGAGGAAGAGGAGGAGGAGGAUGACGAGGAUGAGGCAGGUGGACAGAGGGGCUCAGGGAAGUCUCCAAAUGUGGGCCACCGCCUGGGCCACCGGCGGGUGCUCUUUGAGAAGCGGAAGAGGCUCAGUGACUACGCCCUCAUCUUUGGCAUGUUCGGCAUUGUUGUCAUGGUGACCGAGACGGAGCUGUCCUGGGGUGUCUACACCAAGGAGUCCCUGUACUCGUUUGCACUCAAAUGCCUCAUCAGCCUCUCCACAGCCAUCCUGUUGGGUCUGGUCAUCCUUUACCAUGCUCGGGAAAUCCAGCUGUUCAUGGUGGACAACGGGGCAGAUGACUGGCGCAUCGCCAUGACUUGCGAGCGCGUCUUCCUCAUUUCCCUGGAGCUGGCCGUGUGCGCCAUCCACCCGGUGCCCGGACACUACCGCUUCACAUGGACGGCGCGACUGGCCUUCACCUACACUCCGUCGGCGGCUGAGGCCGACGUGGACGUGCUACUGUCUGUGCCCAUGUUCCUGCGUCUCUACCUGCUGGGCCGCGUCAUGCUUCUGCACAGCAAGAUCUUCACGGAUGCCUCCAGCCGCAGCAUCGGCGCUCUCAACAAGAUCACCUUCAACACCCGCUUCGUCAUGAAGACGCUCAUGACCAUCUGCCCCGGCACCGUGCUGCUCGUGUUCAGCAUCUCCUCCUGGGUCAUCGCCGCCUGGACCGUGCGUGUCUGCGAGAGGGAAGACAUGUACCACGACAAGCAGGAAGUGACCAGCAACUUUUUGGGGGCCAUGUGGCUGAUCUCCAUCACCUUCCUGUCCAUCGGCUACGGCGACAUGGUGCCGCACACAUACUGUGGGAAGGGCGUGUGCCUGCUCACCGGCAUCAUGGGGGCCGGCUGCACGGCACUGGUAGUAGCUGUGGUGGCCCGGAAACUGGAGCUCACUAAGGCCGAGAAGCACGUGCACAACUUCAUGAUGGACACUCAGCUCACCAAGCGGGUAAAAAACGCCGCUGCUAAUGUUCUCAGGGAGACGUGGCUCAUCUACAAACACACCAGGCUGGUGAAAAAGCCAGACCAAGCCCGGGUUCGGAAACACCAGCGUAAGUUCCUCCAAGCCAUCCAUCAAGCUCAGAAGCUCCGGAGUGUGAAGAUAGAGCAGGGGAAGCUGAACGACCAGGCCAACACACUCGCCGACCUGGCCAAGACCCAGAAUGUCAUGUACGACCUCAUGUCCGAGCUGCACGCCCAGCAUGAGGAGCUUGAGGCCCGCCUGGCUGCCCUAGAAAGCCGCUUGGAUGCACUGGCUGCCUCUCUGCAGGCCCUGCCCAGCCUCAUCGCCCAAGCCAUACGCCCGCCCCCACCAGCCCUGCCUCCCCGGCCUGUGCCCGGACCCCCAGACCCGGCAGCCCGGAGCCCCUCAUGCCGGUGGCUGCCCAUGGCCCCUUCGGACUGCGGGUGACGGCCCUGCCCGCCACCAGACUCCUCAAUCUUGGCCAUCGUGUGGCCGCCAUCUCCACGCCACCCAGGAAGCCCUGUACAGUGGCGCUUCUUGGGGUUCAAGAAGCCAAAGCUGAGUUGGGCUGAGUGGACCGGGCUCGCCCUAACCUGGGCUGUCCAGGCAGAGGGCCAAGGCAGGUUGCCACCUGCUUCCUCCUUGAGUGGAGCCAGGGGAGCCCGGAGCUGCCUCUGGUCCCCCGGCCCCACAUCUCUCCCCAGGCCCCCGGUGGGCACACAGCAGCCAGGGG